AUGACCACAAAACGUUCUCUGUCGAUCGAGAAAUACGAAGUGGGCGUCAUCUGUGCUCUUCGUCAUGAGAUGACGGCGGCAAUCGCCACUCUGGAUGAGCGGCAUCAGCCGAUCACGGGUCAAGACAAACUCGAUCCCAAUAACUAUGUGGUGGGCCGAGUUCACGAACACAACGUGGUCAUUGCCUGCUUGCCGGCGGGCAUCUACGGCACGAAUGCGGCGGCAAGAGUGGCCAAUGACAUGCUGAGGACGUUCAGCGGACUGCGGUUUGGACUGAUGGUGGGGAUUGGAGGCGGAAUCCCUAACCUACCAAAAGGUCUGGACAUCCGUCUCGGAGACGUGGUGAUCAGCCAGCCUCACAGAACGUUCGGAGGAGUGGUUCAGUACGAUUUGAAAAAGAAUGUGGGAAAGGAGCGAUUUGAACGUAAAGGAUUUUUGAAAUCACCACCGACCAUACUGCUGGCUGCACUUUCCACUCUGCGGGCGGAACAUGGUCUCGACGACAGUAUGGUUCCCGAUAUACUGGCGGACAUCGUCACGAAACAUCCUAAUUUAGUGAAGAACGGGUAUGAGUUUCCCGGGCGGGAAAAUGACAAUUUGUAUUGCUCUCAGUGUGGUGGCUCAAGCUCUUCCAGCUCAUGCCGUUCGUGCACAGAUGGAAAGAUCGAGAGACCGACGCGCGACGAUCCGAAUCCUGUAUUUUGGUACGGUGUGAUUGCGUCGGGGAAUGAGUUAGUUAGAGAUGUCGCUGCGAGAGACACAAUGGGUCGUGAGCUGGGGGCGCUGUGCGUGGAAAUGGAGGCGGCAGGCCUGAUGAAUGAUUUCCCUUGCAUCGCCAUCCGAGGUAUCUGUGAUUAUGCGGAUUCUCAUAAGAAUGAUGCAUGGCAGAAGUACGCGGCUCUGACGGCGGCAGCGUAUGCAAAAGAACUUCUAGCUUACAUAUCACCUGAGCAGACCAGCCGUGAAUAG